AUGUCUUCCUAUGCCUCCCACCACUCUGGUCAAUCUCAAUCCUACGCCUCCUCUCCUUCUGGCCAAUCAUACCAAUCGACAGUCACGGAAGACGAAGAAGAUUGGGAGGACUAUGUCAAAGGAGGAUAUCAUCCGGUGCAUAUCGGUGAUGCUUUCAGCGAAGGUCGAUACGUGGUAGUGAGGAAGCUGGGUUGGGGACAUUUUAGUACAGUCUGGCUGGCUUGGGAUGGGAGGAUGAAACGUCAUGUAGCACUCAAAGUCGUCAAAUCUGCGCCUCGAUAUACCGAGACUGCUUUGGACGAGAUUAAACUUCUGCAACGCCUUAUAACGAGCUCCACACCAUCCUCAACUGCACAGACGGGAGCGCUUUCUCCCUCUCUCUUGCACCCCGGCCGCUCGCAUGUGAUUUCUUUCCUCGAUCAUUUCCGCCAUCGUGGGCCCAACGGAACACAUAUCUGUAUGGUCUUUGAAGUCUUGGGAGAGAAUUUGCUGGGAUUAAUAAAAAGACACCAAAGUAAAGGCGUUCCGAUGGGAUUGGUGAAGCAAAUAGGGAAGCAAAUUCUCCUUGGCUUGGAUUAUAUGCACCGCUGUUGCGGUGUCAUCCAUACAGACUUGAAACCUGAAAAUGUGCUCAUUGCUAUCGACGAUGUCGAGGGUAUAAUCCAGGCAGAGCUGGCCAAAUCCAAGCUGGCUAAUGCCUCUGCUACGGAUUCUUCAUCGAAUCCGUCUCCGGCUCGGAUGUCGGGAGUAGUUGGUGUCCCACCGUCAACUGGCAGAGGAGGAAAUCAGACUCCUCGGUCCGAAAGUCUAAUAAUUACAUCCUCGCAACCACUUCCUAGUCCAUCCUCUUCUUUUGGAAGUACUGGCUUUUUAUCGAGCCUAGCAUCCGCGGGCGGGAAUCUCCCCAAGUCAAUAUACUCAUCCACGAGUGGUUCGACAUCUUCGGGCCCUGUAUUUGAUAAGUUUUCCUUUGGUAUGAGCAAGAUAGAUCCCGAGGGCCCGGGUCAGUCCACUGUUGAAGGCCGUUCGAAUGCGGAAGAAAUUGCUGAAGGCGUAGGAAAUGUAUCUUUGGAUAAGUCGUCUACCCUAGAUGACGCAGAAGACGUGUUGGAGUUUUCGACUCACAAGUCCAAAAAGGUCCUACCAAAAGUUUCCUUACUGACACAACAAGCUCCCUCUCAUUCCUCAAAUGCCUCCGACUUGCCUGCCCAUUCGCAUUCAAAUUUGCCACCGGGAGCACAACCUCCUCCAUUCAACGGAAGGGAUAUGCAGAUCACAAAAGAUGGGAUGGGUCGUGUGCAGGACAGCGUCAGCGCUAUGGCAGGAGAGAUGGAGGUUGAAGAGAGGAUUACGGUCAAGAUUGCUGAUUUGGGAAAUGCUACAUGGACCGAACAUCACUUCACCGACGACAUUCAAACGCGUCAAUACCGUGCCCCCGAGGUCAUUCUAGGCGCAAAAUGGGGAACCAGUGCUGAUAUGUGGAGCUUGGCGUGUGUGUUAUUCGAGCUUAUAACAGGUGGAGACUAUUUGUUUGAUCCGGCAAGUGGUUCGAGGUAUUCAAAGGACGACGAUCAUAUCGCACAAAUCAUGGAGCUUAUGGGUACUCUCCCGAGUUCUCUAACUAUGGGUGGAAAAUAUUGUGGGGAGUUCUUCACGCGGAAAGGUGACCUCCGGCAUAUUUCAAAACUCCGCUUCUGGCCUCUUCACUCCGUUCUAUCAGACAAGUAUCUUUUCCCUGCUAGUGCGGCUUCGCAUCUGUCAGGGUUCUUGAAUCCGAUGUUGGCUGGUAGCCCAGAGAAGAGGGCUGGGGCAAGAGAUAUGUUGAUCUUUGGGUGUGGACUAGCUGAUAGUUCAACACCAUCACAACCGUCAAACUUUUCAAACGAUGACCAAGACGACUCGAACGAGCCGUACGAAAUAACGCCUUCCGCCGCAACAGCAGUGACUGCAAACGCUUUGGGUCUCCCUUCAUCAUAUUCACGUCGCUUGCCACCGUCGUCUGGCCAGUCCUACCAUACUCAUUCCAAUAAUUCUUCCCAGAGUUCUUCGCACUCAAAUCCUUCACCGUCUCGUCAAAGCCAUCACGGUUACCACCCACCUCCCUCAAUCCCUUCCCUUACUGGGCCAGGUGCAUCCUGGCUCGCGGGACUUGUCGUGCAAGGGGAAAUUGAUGUUCUGGAGCGGUUAGAGAGGAUGCGGAUCAAGAAGGCAUCGGAAGAGAGGAGUCGGAGUCGUUCUACUGAAAAAGACACAGAAAGGGACAAGGGGAAUCAGAUAGAGAGAGGAAGGAAUCCCCAAUCUGUCACUAACUCAAUGGUGAGUGGGGAAAAGAUUAGAGGGAGGACAAAAACCCCUACACCUCCGAGUCCGCCUACAUCGCCUUCGCCGUCUCGAUUGAAAGCUCCAAAAUUGGAGCAUAGAGUAUCAGACGCGACUGUGACGAACGACGAUGACGUUGUCCCUGCACCUAGCGGACCAGAAGCUCAACUCACCCCAUCGACCGUGUCGACGGCAUCCACAAAAACCAAGAAUUCGGUCACAGCACAAGAGCAGGCCGAGGUGGAUGCUUUGAAACCUGUUGGGGAGUUUGAACCUGAGUCAGAGUCGAAUGAAUCUGGUGGUACAGAGCCGGAUACCGGGGGGAAAGGCGAGGACGCUGCAAUGGACUCUCCUGUUAAAACUACCCCUACAUUGGGAUCGGCUCCCUCUACAGGUGGCAAAUUUCCUAAGACCACUCCAACAUCCUCAUCUACCAAUAUACCCAACCCCGCCAAUGUAUCACUUACCCUGAACUCAGCUCCCAAAGGAAAUCAGGGCGGAAGAGGGGGGAAAGGAGGAGGAGGCAGCAAAUCCAAACGUGGAGGCAAGGGAAGAGGCGCUACUUGAACAAUUCAAAAAAUUUAAACAGGACGGUUCGUUGUAUUGUACUCUUGAGUGAUUGGCUUUUGGCAUGUGCUGCGCCGUAAUGAGGGAUGCGCUGAGAUGAGGUGAAUAGAUCUCAAUAGAU